AUGGCCACCGAUCGCGCCGAUGUCAUCUUACCUCGGGUGUCUGGAUCAUCCAAUUCUCGACCAAUCAACAUUCUCCUGGUGAACCCAAACUCGAGUGAAUAUAUGACCAAGGACUGUUUGACAGCCUUGGGACCCAGUUUACCCCCAGAUGUGAUAGUCCAUGGAUUCACUGCACCCUAUCCUGCUCCCACAGCGAUCGAAUCCCAAACUGAUGCCGUGCUCUCCACCGAGGCUUGUAUCAGGGCAAUUAAACCCAUCGCAGACAAUUAUGAUGCUUUUCUUGUCGCAUGCUUCCGAGCUCAUCCUUUGAUCGGUGUGCUCAAGGAAGAAUUUACCCAGCCGGUGCUUGGAAUCAUGGAGGCAGGCAUGUAUGCAGCACGUAUGCUCGGCGGCAAUAUGGGGAUAAUAUGCACAUCGGAACGAUCUGCAGCAGCCCACGGUCGUACAGUCUCUGAAUAUGGGUUCUCGGACUAUUUUGCAGGAUGCGAAGCAGCUAAGCUGGGUGUUCUCGAGCUUGACUCUGAGCCAAGAGCCGAGGUGCAAGCCAUCAUCACACAAAAGAUCAACCGUCUGGUUCACGAGAAAGGUGCUGAUUGCGUGCUGUUGGGCUGUGCUGGAAUGGCAGAGAUGCGAGCUAUCUGCGCGGCUUCGACCGAAGGAAGUGGCGCGAGAGUGUUGGAUGGAGUUGGACUGGGGGUACAAUUCUUGGUCGGUCUUGUGAGGGAGGGUCUGAAAACUUCCAAGAAUGGUAUUUUCAGAGAUUCAUCAGUAGACAGAGUGAAACGACUGCAAGACUGGUUAUGA